AUGGUCCCUGGAGGUGAAAGCGAGUUUGAUGCUCAUAUAACACUGGGCACUCACCUUACCUUGGAAACCUUCCAAGCUUGGAACGGAAAGGGAAAGCUUGAUCGACUCGAUGCCCGGCCUAUGGAUGAUGCUGUUGGCCGUGUUGAUGUUGGCUAUGCUGGGUUCUGUGUGGCUGAUCGACAGAACCCACUACCACCAAGCUCACGGGCGCAUAAAAGGCCAGCAGUAUAUACUUUUACAUUGCAGAACAUGAUCUAA